AUGGAAGAAAAUGAGAGUCCGGAAAAACCAGGAAGAACUAAGAUUCCUUUUGAGCUGAUUAUAAGCACCGUCAACUUUCUCAUUGCCACAGCACAGGUGGGACUCCACCUGAAAAUUGGAACCCCAAGUGGCCUUGUUAUGAAGGUCUCAAGAUUUACAACUUCAGCUGUUCUUCUAGUUCCGGCCUUCAAGAUUCUUUAUCAAUUGCAUAGGUUUGUGAGGGACCAUGGGGUUAGAAAGAUGAACAGAGUCAAGAUUCUUUGGAUGGUUGCAUAUCUGUUGGCUCUUUUUUCAGGGAUUGCAUUCCUUUUUGUUAAGCCUAAUAUGACAGAUCUAAAGGGCCAGGCUAUGAUUGUAUCCAUGGCAUCGUUGCUAGGAAUGGUUAUCUCGUGUGCACUUCUGGAUUACAAGCAUCUUCCAAAGAGAAACUAUAUUGACUACCUCAUCAUAUUUUCUUGCCUUGUCUUCAUUGUAAUGCUUGCAUCCCUCCUUCCUCCUCUUAAAAAACAUGAUAUGGUAUCGAAGGUGGCUGCAUGGGGAUCCAUGGCUACAGGACUCAUCAUUCCCGUCCUUCAGAGCCUUCUUUCCCCAGGAAGUAUCUCUGAACCUGUCUCUUAUGAAGACUUUGCCAUGUUCAAUGUUUUAAGUAUAGCCAUUCUUGCCCUUAGUAUUGCCGCAGUAGCAUCCCCGCAUGUUCUCGAAUGGUACGAUAAAAAGCCUCGUACUAACACAGCCAGGACUCUGGCUUCCAUUAAUAAUGGGGGCACACCCAGUUAG